AUGAGUACUGACGAAAGAAGAGUUCACCCAAAUUGUGGGAAUGGUUCGAACCCUUAUCAUGAAUGCAGUGAAUAUUGCUUCAAAAUAAUAGCGAAAAUAAAGAAGCAAAUGAUCAAAGCUGAAACAGGUGUGUUGCAAGCUAAUAAUACGGUUGAUGUUCAUCGCUCCGAUGAAAGAGAUGGAGUUGAAAGUCACAGUGAUGAUGGAGAGGAUAAUAUGGGAGAAGAGUCGGUGAAUCUGAUAACAGGGAGAAAGAGGAAGUUAUUUGAAUUGAGGUUAAAAAUGAAUGAGGCAAGAAAAGCGAAUCAAUCUGCAAUGGUAGUAGAGAAGAAAAAAACAGAAGCUCCACCUGCAGAGUGUAGAGGAAUGUCCAAGCAAAAAUGGAUUGAAGAGAGGAAGAAGAAAAUUGGGAAUUUGUUGGAUGCCAAAGGGUUAGAUAUGAGCAAGGCAUAUAUGCUAGAUACACAAGAGUCUGCAGAGACAAAGUAUAAGAAAUGGGAGAAGGAGCCUGCUCCAGCUGGUUGGGAUGUUUUUAAUAAGAAGACGCUAUACAAUGCAUACAAGAAGCGGACAAAGAAUGUUGCUGUUGAUGUAGAUGAGUACAAUAGAAUGAAGGAAACUGAUCCAGAAUUUUAUCGAGAAGCUUCAAGUCUCCAGUAUGGAAAGGCUCCAAAAUUGUCAGACGACAAGAUAGAGAGGAUGGUGAAGGAGCUAAAGGACAGGGACGAGAAGAGCCAAUCAUUUAGUCGGAGGAGAAAGUUCCAUGAAGAGAAAGACAUUGACUCUAUUAAUGAUCGUAACGAGCAUUUCAAUAAAAAGAUUGAGCGUGCCUUUGGAAAAUACACCUUGGAGAUCAAGAAUAACCUUGAGAGAGGAUCUGCUUUGCCUGAUUGA